AUGAUUGCUGCUUGUUUCUUCCCCGACGAUUUAAGUAGACGAGGGACUGAUGAUGAUGAUGAUGAUGAUGAUGAUGAUGAUGAUGAAAAUCCAUCCCGACAGAGUUGCAAUGUAGUGAUUGCGCGUCAACAUACACUUGGACUUUGUGUAUUGAUAUUUCUGGUACUUGCAAAACCAGAGAGCAACUUCGUAAUUAACAACGAGAAAGCACUACUAUCUAUCUAUCUAUCUAUCUAUCUAUCUAUCUAUCUAUCUAUCUAUCUAUCUAUCUAUCACACUUCUGUUCGUAUCUAUCUAUCUAUCUAUCUAUCUAUCUAUCUAUCUAUUUCAGUCUGUUUAUAUGUAACUAUCUAUCUUUAUCUAUCAAUUUCAUUCUGUUCAUGUCUAUCUAUCUUUAUCAAUUUCAUUCUGUUCAUUAUCUAUCUAUCUAUCUAUCUAUCUAUCUAUCUAUCUAUCUAUCUAUUUCAGUCUGUUCAUAUCUAUCAAUUUCAGUCUGUUUAUAUCUAUCUAUCUAUCUAUCUAUCUAUCUAUCUAUCUAUCUAUCUAUCUAUCUAUUUCAGUCUUUUUAUAUGUAACUAUCUUUAUCUAUCAAUUUCAUUCUGUUCAUAUCUAUCUAUCUAUCUAUCUAUAUAUCUAUCUAUCUAUUUCAGUCUGUUCAUAUCUAUCAAUUUCAGUCUGUUUAUAUCUAUCUAUCUAUCUAUCUAUCUAUCUAUCUAUCUAUCUAUCUAUUUCAGUCUGUUCAUAUCUAUCAAUUUCAGUAUGUUUAUAUCUAUCUAUCUAUCUAUCUAUCUAUCUAUCUAUCUAUCUAUCUAUCCUUGUCUUUUCAUCUAUCUAUCAAUUUCAGUCUGUUCAUAUCUAUCUAUCUAUCUAUCUAUCUAUCUAUCUAUCUAUCUAUCAAUUUCAGUCUGUUCAUAUCUAUCAAUUUCAGUAUGUUUAUAUCUAUCUAUCUAUCUAUCUAUCUAUCUAUCUAUCUAUCUAUCUAUCUAUCUAUCUAUCUCAGUCUGUUCAUAUCUAUCUAUCUAUCUAUCUAUCUAUAUAUCUAUCUUUUUUCAUCUAUCUAUCUAUCUAUCUAUCUAUCCUUGUCUUUUCAUCUAUCUAUCUAUCUAUCUAUCUAUCUAUAUAUCUAUCUAUCUAUCUAUCUAUCUAUCUAUCUAUCUAUCUGAACAGCGCACGGAACAUGAAAAUAUCGAAUCAAUCAUUUUCUUUCUCUUACCAUUCCGCUAUAUAACUUUAUGUAUCUAUAUAGCUUUAAUUAUUAUUUCUUUGUUUUUCUUUCUUUUUUCUUCCGUUUUUCUUUCUUUCUCUCUUUUCUUUAUUUCUUUCUCUCAUUUGACACUUUUUUUGAUACAUUCAUUCUUUUUCUUUCUUUCUUUUUUCUUCCCUUUUUCUUUUUUACUUUCUUUUCUUUCUUUCUUAGUUACUUUUUUGUUACUUUCUUUCUUUUUCUUUCUUCGUUUCUUUGUUACUUUCUUUCUUCUUUCCGUUUUUCUUUCUUUCUUCUUUUUUUGUUACUUUCUUUUCUCUCUUUCUUUAUUACAUUUUCUUUCUUUUUUAUUUCUUUCUUUCUUUCCUCUUUCUUUCUUUCUUUCUUUCUUUCUUUCUUUCUUUCCUUCUUUCUUUCCUUCUUUCAUUCUUUCUUUCUUUCUUUCUUUCCUUCUUUCUUUCUUUCUUUCCUUCUUUCUUUCUUUCUUUCUUCAUAUGACCAUUUUCCUCGCGCUUUUAAACUUACUUUAA